UUACCGGAGUUGCAUUACAUUUGACAAAAUUAAACUGAAAACUACCAAAAAGAGAAAAAGGAAUUAGGACAGUGGAAAAGAGAGCAGAGAAAUUUCUUCAUUUCAACAAACCCAGCACACCCGCGCGCGCGACCAGAGAGAGAGAGAGAGAGAACUAGUAAUAUCAGUAACAUUAUAGCCUAGCCAAGAAUCUUUGAACUGUUGAAGCACUACCAUCAAAUUUUGCUGAAAGUUACAUACAAUUAGGCCCGAAUUUCAGGUUUAUAUAUUUUGGAGAUGAAAAGAAGACGUUUUGACCACGACGAAAUAGAUUGAUCUGUCAGUCCCCCAGUAAGAUGAAUAUUGAAGUGAUUGAUGUAGAAGGGCAGAAGAGGCAAAAAACUGGGGAAAUAGCUGCUGAACUAAUUCACAAUUCCAAACAGGGUUUGCCGGAGAAUUUUACCGAAAGAGAUGCUAUCGUUGAAGUUGAUGAUGGGGAAGAGAAGCCAUAUGUGGGAAUGGAGUUUCAAACAGAAGAAGCAGCAAAGAACUUUUUUGAUGCAUAUGCUAGGCGUGUGGGCUUUACUAUACAUGUUGGACAGUACAGCCGAGAUAAGCCUGACGGCCCUAUCAUUAGUUGGGACUACUCUUGUUCAAGAGAAGUUGUUAGAAGGAAGAAUAUAGAGAGUUGCAACGCUAUGCUUCGCAUAGAGAGGAAAAAUUCAGAUAGUUGGGUUGUGACUAAAUUUGUUGAGGAUCACAAUCAUUCAAUAGUGAAUCCCAGCAAAGUGCAUUACCUUCAACCUCGUAAACAUUUUUCUGGUGCUUCUAAGACUGUUGGAGAGACACCGGGGGCUCCAACUGUUAUUAUGGUUCCGGUGGACGGGAAUCAUGUAUCUGUCAGUUCCNCA